UUGGUUGAGCGGCCACAAACUCCACUAACCAAUCACAGCCCCCCUGGCUGCUUUCCCCUUCCACUUCCCUUUAUGCAUCUCCCACAGGAGAAGAAAAUAAUAAAAUAGAGGCAGUGGGUGAGUGAGAUCGGGAUUUAGAUCCCUUUCUUCUUCAAGCGCUCCGCCCUCUCCCGCCCUCCUUUUGUCCAUCUUCUUUCUUCCCUUUAUUCAUCCACAGCCAAAAACUCAGAGCAAAGCGUAGAAAGAUGUCAUCUUUUGCCUCUUAAUUCGCACCUUCUCUUCGAAUUCAUCCUUUCUCUCUGUAAUCUUUGUUGUUUACUCUCGAUCGAUCGAUCGAGCUUUCUCGGCGGCCAGGCAGGGCAGGGUUUUACAGUCUUCACGCGCUGCUCGGCUCAUUUCAUCUCGGAUUGGUGAUCGCCAUGGGCAGCUUUAGAUUCUGUUCGUCGGUCUCCAUCUGAUCUAUUCUGCUGAUGGACAGUCGGGUUGAAAAAUACAGGUGUUGUUGAGUUUCUCCCUCGAUUUCUCGUCAACGUCUCUGUUCGUCUUCGACCUAUAAACUUAAUUUCCAUCGGCGGAUUCGCCCUCUAUCUCUACCGUUCUUCCAUCUGGAAAGAAAGGAAGGGGGGAAAUGUCGAGCAGUUCCUGGAUGGAAGUUCUCCCUCCAACAUCGCCUUGCUUUUCCAGCUCAAGUUGGUUUCUUGGCCAGAAGAGGAGCGGGGGUUGGACCCAAGAGGAGAACAAGCGCUUCGAGGAUGCCCUGGCGCACAUCGACGGCGACACCCCAAACCGGUGGGAGAAGGUGGCGGCCAUGAUCCCUGGGAAGUCGGUGUGGGACAUCAUGUCCCAUUACAAGGAUCUGGAGGACGACGUGAGCGAGAUAGAAGCUGGGCGGAUCCCAUUCCCUGUCUAUAGCUGCAGCCCUUCGUCGUUCACGCUGGACUGGGCCAACCACCACGGCUACGAGGGGUUGAGGCCCGCGUAUUGCGUCGCCGGCGGGAGGAGGUCGGGAGGGAGACCGGAUCAAGAGAGGAAGAAGGGAGUGCCUUGGAGCGAAGAGGAGCACAAGCGAUUUCUUCUUGGACUCCAAAAAUACGGUAAAGGGGAUUGGAGAAACAUAUCUCGGAAUUUUGUCAUCUCCAGGACACCUACACAGGUGGCUAGCCAUGCGCAGAAGUAUUUCAUCAGGCUUAAUUCGGGCGGCAAAGAUAAGAGGAGGUCCAGCAUCCAUGACAUCACCACCGUCGACUUUCCAAAUAAUACGCCUCCUUCACCAUCUCGGCCAUCUGUGCUUUCGAUGCAAUCGAGUUCAGCUGCUGCCACUGGACUACCCGACCUAUUCUCGGAGAUGGUCGAUUCCAAGCAGCCAAAUGAAGCCUUCAAUUCAUCAGCAAAUGGUAAUCAGUUCAUGCACCCACCUUCGUAUGGGAUGAAACUGCAAGCUCAAAAUACUCUCCAGGAUCUGACUGUCGGCAGCUGCCGCAUGCUAUAUCAAAUGCACUCUCGUGGAUGAGAACAUGUACAUGUGCUAUAUGAAUCCAAAAGCUAUUGUCUGUUGGCAUUUGUUGGGGGGCCUUGGAUUUGCUGAAAUUAUCAAAUUUAGAAAUCAAUCCAAGGUUGAAAUCAAACGAUCCAGAAUAUUUGUUUUCGAUGCGGUUGAGCGGUUGACAUGAUUCGUUGAAGAUGCAAUGAGGAUCCUGUACUCAACGAGUCUAUAGCCUUGGUCGAUAGGCCCGAGUACUUAUCUUCGAAGAAAAUGUGAUGAGGAUCGUGAGAAUUUCUUUCCAUCAUCAAGAGAGUUUCAUGGAUAGGCUUUCUCUACUAUAUAAUCUUUUUUCCCUCCUUUCUGUAAUAUGCCAUUCUAUUGUAUAGAACGAUCAAAGAGAAAUGGCAGCCAAAACUUGAUGUCAUUCAAUAAUCUUAGCUUACAAGGCUCUGUGCUUGUGCCGGUACCAACCAU